GACGGGCCACCGAUCCAAGAGCGAGCCGACGACGACGAGCAGCGAGAGAGAUGAGGCCGUCCAUCGUGCUGUUCGGGGACUCCAUCACGGAGGAGGCGUUCGGGGAGGGCGGCUGGGGCGCGUCGCUCGCCAACCACUACUCCCGCUCCGCCGACGUCGUGCUGCGCGGCUACAGCGGCUACAACACGCGCUGGGCGGCGCGGGUCGCUGGCCGCGCCGUGGCCAGCAUCGCCAGUCCGGUCUCUGCCGUCACCGUCUUCUUCGGCGCCAACGACGCCGCGCUGCCCGACCGCGCCUGCGCGCUCCAGCACGUGCCCCUCGCCGAGUACAAGGACAACCUCCGCGCCAUCUUCGCGCUCCUCAAGAAGCGGUGGCCGUCGGUGGUCGUCAUCCUCAUCACGCCGCCGCCCGUCGACGAGGACGGGCGUCUGCGGUACCCGUACGCGCACGACUUCUCCGGCCUGCCGGAACGCACGAACGCGGCGGCGGCGGCGUACGCGCGGGCGUGCGUGGAGGUGGCGCGGCAGUGGGGGCUCAGGGCCAUCGACAUCUGGUCCAGGAUGCAGAGGUUCCCCGGCUGGGAGAAGUCGUUCCUGAGGGACGGGCUUCACCUGACGCCGCGCGGGAACCGGGUGCUGUUCGAGGAGGUGGUGUUCGCGCUCAAGGACGCCAACCUCAGCCUGGAGGCGCUGCCCGCCGACCUGCCGCUCUUCAGCGACAUCGACCCGGAUAACCCGGUCAAGUCGUUCGAGGACCAGGAGUGAAGAAGGCCCAUGAUGGCAAGACAACGGCGGCGGCUUCAAGUCUGGGAACUCUAUUGUUAAUUAGAAAAAAAAUUCUGGGAACUGUGUCCUACAGUGCAUGGAAUGUUCUGGAUGGAUUUUUUUAGUCGAAGCAUAAUUCUUGGAAUAGUGUCUUACGGUUAGCAGUUUGCUACUUUGCUGUAUAAGUUUGUUCGAGGUCCAUUCUUUUACCCACAUUUUUUUAUAAUACAAGCAGGUUUCUCGGAGUU